GUCAUUGGACACUCCUUCUCUCACUCCUAUUCCAGAACCAAUCACUCGAGUUCUGAUGGGGAGCCUCUAAGCCAAUGGAAAUGCUCGUUGUGGCAGCUGCCGGGUCCUGAGCGCUGGGAGGUGGUGCCGGGGGCGGGGUGCGGCUGGGGCGAAUUAGUUGCCAUUCGAGUGAGGAGUGGGUAGAAGCGGCGGCGGCGGCGGCGGCGCGGACUCUGAGGAGCGCUAGCACCUCGAGGCCCUUUCUCUCUACCCUGGUCCCCAGAAGCAGGAGUCCCGGCCCUCCCUGCAGCUGCCGGGUUCUCCAGUGCGUACAGCCCCGCGAGGGCUGAGGAGAAGGCUGCGAGUGGCCCUCGGGGCUGCUUAAACCGGGCGGUUGCCCUGUCAGCGCGAUGCCUGGAGCGGUGGCUUCGGCGGCGGCUCCAGGCUCCUUGCGGCCCCGGCCGUGACCGCCACGCCGAGCCCAGCCGGGCGGUUGGGGCCGUUGGACGUUUGUUUUCGGAGCCUUCCCCUCCCCCCUCGCCGAGGCGGCGGGGGUGUGCGUUGGGGAGGGGGAGCCCCGAGACUCCUCCCCCACAGCGAUACCCCUGCCCCUCCCCCUUACACACUCGCACGCACUAUCGCGCCGGCUCCCACACGCUCGCGCGCCUCCCGCCCCGCGCCUCCGUGUCGGCCGGCGGCGUCCAGGGCCCGCAGAGCCACCAUGUCCACUGCCUCCUCAUCCUCCUCCAGUUCCUCUCAGACCCCUCAUCCCCCGCCGCAGAGGAUGAGGCGCAGCGCCGCGGGGUCCCCGCCCGCCGUCGCCGCAGCCGGGAGCGGGAACGGUGCGGGCGGCGGCGGCGGCGGCGUGAGCUGCGCCCCGGCUGCGGGAGCUGGCCGGCUGCUGCAGCCCAUCCGCGCCACGGUGCCCUACCAGCUCCUGCGGGGCAGCCAGCACAGUCCCACGCGCCCGCCCGCCGCCGCUGCUGCCGCCUCGCUGGGCAGCCUUCCGGGGCCCGGCGCGGCCCGCGGCCCCAGCCCGUCCAGCCCGACGCCGCCGCCGGCCGCAGCCCCGGCCGAGCAGGCGCCGCGGGCCAAGGGCCGCCCGAGACGGUCCCCAGAGAGCCACCGGAGGAGCAGCUCACCUGAGAGACGGAGCCCCGGCUCGCCCGUGUACAGAGCGGACAGGGCAAAAUCUCAGCAAGUUCGAACCUCUAGUACAAUAAGGCGAACCUCCUCUUUGGAUACAAUAACAGGACCUUACCUCACAGGACAGUGGCCACGGGAUCCUCAUGUUCACUACCCUUCAUGCAUGAAAGACAAAGCUACUCAGACACCUAGCUGUUGGGCAGAAGAGGGUGCAGAAAAGAGGUCACAUCAGCGUUCUGCGUCAUGGGGGAGUGCUGAUCAACUAAAAGAGCAGAUUGCCAAACUGAGGCAGCAACUACAACGCAGUAAACAGAGUAGUCGUCACAGUAAGGAGAAAGAUCGCCAGUCACCUCUUCAUGGCAACCAUAUAACAAUCAGUCAUACUCAGGCUACUGGAUCAAGGUCAGUUCCUAUGCCACUGUCAAAUAUAUCAGUGCCAAAAUCAUCUGUUUCACGUGUGCCCUGCAAUGUAGAAGGAAUAAGCCCUGAAUUAGAAAAGGUAUUCAUUAAAGAAAAUAAUGGGAAGGAAGAAGUAUCCAAGCCGUUGGACAUACCAGAUGGUCGAAGAGCUCCACUCCCUGCUCAUUACCGGAGCAGUAGUACUCGCAGCAUUGACACUCAGACUCCUUCUGUCCAGGAGCGCAGCAGUAGCUGCAGCAGUCAUUCACCCUGUGUCUCCCCUUUUUGUCCCCCGGAAUCCCAGGAUGGUAGCCCUUGCUCAACAGAAGAUUUGCUCUAUGAUCGUGAUAAAGACAGUGGGAGUAGCUCACCGUUACCCAAGUAUGCUUCAUCUCCCAAACCAAACAACAGCUACAUGUUCAAACGGGAGCCCCCAGAGGGAUGUGAGCGAGUGAAGGUCUUUGAGGAAAUGGCGUCUCGUCAGCCUAUCUCGGCCCCUCUCUUUUCAUGUCCUGACAAAAACAAGGUUAAUUUCAUCCCAACCGGAUCAGCUUUCUGUCCUGUAAAACUUCUAGGCCCCCUCUUACCUGCUUCUGACCUUAUGCUCAAGAACUCUCCUAACUCUGGCCAGAGCUCAGCUCUGGCAGCUCUGACCGUUGAGCAGCUCUCGUCCCGGGUUUCAUUUACGUCUCUUUCCGAUGACACCAGCACAGCGGGCUCCAUGGAGGCCUCUGCCCAGCAGCCAUCCCAGCAGCAGCAGCUUCUGCAGGAACUGCAGGGUGAGGACCACAUCUCUGCUCAGAACUAUGUGAUCAUCUAAAAAAGGGGGAGCUGGCCUCCACCCUAUGUUCCAUGGAUUAGGAGCAAGAUUUCAGACAUCUAUCUGCAUGGAGUGACAAACUUUCUGAACACCACCACCACCACCAAUACUUAUCAGCAUCAUAAAGUAUCUCUUAAACACUGAUCUUGGCAGGGACGGAACUCCUAUUCAGCAGUUUUUGUGGAAAGCAGUAAUGCUUGCAAAAUGUGUGUGUCAUUCAGCAUUUUAAGUGGAGACUAUGCAUUUCAUAGUAUGUUUGACAGAUUAGUACUGUGUCCUGUGUUUUGUUCCAGAUUCUUCAGUAUAAAUAAGCUCUAUAUCAAAAAGUUGCCUGUCUAAAUAGAAAAUGUCUUGCUGUGUUUUGUCCUAUGGAAAAUACUGUACUUCAGGAUUAUGUUUACAAUUGAUCCAGGUGUUUGUUUCUAACUUCUGUAAUACAUACAAUGCAAAAAAACAAACAAACAAAAAAAUGGCCACAACAGUUGCACAGUGCCCACCCUAUGGCCUAGCUUCAGGUACUUCAGUUGAAGUCUAAACUCAGGUAACUUGGAAUGUAUAUCAUAUUGGGAUAUUAAAUAUUUCACAGCUAAAAAGCUAAAGAGGGAACAUCACUCUUUUGCCUUUAUUUUAUGCAUUUCCCUUUCCUCAUUACAUUCCACAUUCUUAGAAUAAGAAGUGCAUUCAAUCCUAGGAGAUUGAUAAUCCUGGACAUGGGUGAACAUGAGGAGAACCAGCAAAAUCUGUGGUGUUUGACAUCACUUAUGUCAUGUGGUUACAAGUAAAACAACUGUUGCAUUCACUGUUUCAACAUGUGUACAUGUGGCUUUUUUAAAAGUUCAGGUGUUGCUCAGUAAAGGACUGUUACAAUGUUGCAAAUAAAAUGUUCAGUACUAGACUGUACAUAAACAUUCCACAUUGUGAUGAAAUUUAAAGACAGGAAUGUCUAGAGUUAAUUUCAAAAUAAGUGAAGUGUUUGAAUGGUUGAGAUUUUUUUUGUUUAUGUUAGCCAUCAGGGUCAUAACUGUUACCAUUUUAUCUAAAGACAUAUUUAUGUUUAGUUUCUCCCUUGGAAAUUAUUUUGCAGGUGAAAAAGUGACAUACUUUUGGUUAUUGUUUUCCUCAAGCAGUUUAGGUGCAUGAUCUUCAUUUACAUAGAAUACUUGGGUCUCAGAAUUGUUGCAACAUAAAUAAGCAGGUUUUUUGGUGACUUACAAGAGCAAUAGUUUGAAGCUAUUUCAUUUAGGCCUCUCAUAAUACAUAAUCAUGAAUGGUUUUGAAAUUUGCGACAUGUGAAGUAGAGCAUAAACUCAAGAAAAUAGCCUUUAACUUGCAAACUUUUGACGCAAGUUCUCCACAAAGUAUGAAGAGAGCCCUAGGCAUUCCUGAUUGGUCAGUGGGAAAGCCUAACUUUCAUUGUUUUCUUCAGUACAAAGAAUAUCCAAAAGCGAAAUUUUUGUAUUUGUAUUCCACUACUUUCAAUUCAAUAAAACCUAGAGUUGUUUCAUCUGCACCUAAAGUGUAUGGCACAAUUUUCUUAAGAAUUAGGGGAACAAUGUGCCUACAGUUAAAGGAACGUUUCAGUUCCCUUCAUUCAUUCCUGGGUUUUUCUUUGCUUAUUUUCUAAGAUGGUUGAAGAAGGAUGAGUCUAUAGAAAGCAACACCAUUGUUUUUUUUUUUAAAGAAAUGAUAUAUAUAUGUAUAUGUUUGUGUGUGUGCGUGUAUAUUCUGUGUAUUAUUUUGUCAUGAUCUCAAUUCUCUUCUUUCCACCAAAGUUUGCCGUAAUAUUUUCUCCUGAAGGUGCAUUCUGGCUCCUUUAAAUUAGUCAGUGUUAUAUUGUAGGAGACUGUCAUGGAAAAAAGGACUCAGUUUACUUUUGUCAUUUUCACAGGGGAACCUUUUAAAACUUUUCAGCAGCAGAUACCUUUAACCCUAAUAAUCUCAGGCCUUGAUGAAAAUACUCUAUUUUGUAGAUUAUGGUUAAAGGGAGACAAUUACUAGUUCUGUAAGAUAAAUAUGAGCUCCAUUUAACUUCUGAUAUCUGGUUUAGCAUUACAUAAUAUGUUGAUCUUACACUCUGCUUUUGUCCAAAUAAAAUGCAAUAGUAUCAAUAUCAAUUUCAGAAAAAUGGACUGAAUAUGCUUUCUUGGUGAUUAAAUCUGAUGUACGAUAUUUAUAGUGAUGUGCUUUUAUUUUCUCAUGAGAUACUAAAUAUUAAUUGUGUUGUACAUUUGUUCUUAGCAUAUAUUAAAGUUUUGAACCAAAUGUGUUAAAGCUUAUGCUUUGCCAUGUAAAUUUCCCAGAAGUUGUUGAGCUCAAAUGUAUCCUACAUCCAGCUGUAGAAAUUUGUCAGGAAUUGUUUAAAUUUUGUAUAUAAUUGUACUGUUUAAUUCUAGCCAUUGCGCUGAACAGUAUUUGAGUUACCAUACAAUAUGGCUUUACACAAGGAAAUGUGUGGCUUUUGUUUUGUAUUUUUUCAGUAUAGAAGUUCCUGUGUCUUAUUUAAAUAAAGUUAUUAGUAAAACUGGAA